GGUGUAUAUAAAUGGGUCAUAAGUCGAGAAGGAGACGUGUUUUUCGUUCAAUUAAUUGUUCCAAAGUCAACAGCACAAACAAUGGUGGUGAGGAUGAUCAAAUGGAGGCCGCCAUGGCAGCAGCCAUCCCUCUGCUCCGAGAAAUUCCAGACCAAAAUCACCGUCCAUCACCUCCGAGGCCUUCCCCAACCAAACGAGGAUUCUCAGAAAUCCUUUUAUUCGGUUGGUAUCAAGUGGAAAGGCAGUUCCAAGGGAAUCCGAAUCGGUUUCCUUUUUCAGCGAACAGUGAGAAGGAAUUUCACCAAGGAAGAGCUUCUAAACGACGACGGGAUUGUCGAUUGGGAAGAACAUUUUUGCUCUCUCUGCAACUUUUCCGCGUACAAGGAAGGCGCCUUUCAUCCAUGGGAGGUUUCGUUUACGGUUUUCGCUGCUUCAAAGCAAGGGGCUGCCGAUAUAGUCCCGGUGAUCGGCACUGCAUCCUUGAAUCUAGCAGAGUUUGCAUCCGAAUCCGAUAAACACAGCCAGGAAAUCGACAUUCCAUUGUCUAUACUUGAUGAUCCUCCUAUUGGUAGCAGCACUCCCAUCCUCCAUCUAUCGAUUGAUCUUGUAAAAUGGAGAAAUCCUGAUGGGCCAUCUGGUACAACGCCAAAACCACCUGUUCUAUCGUUCCCACGGUCUCCUUGUUACGGAGAAGUUCUUUCUACUGAGAAAUCAGAAAACAUCCCGGCUCGCAAAACAAGCCCGAGAGGUGUGAAUGUGAAUAACAUCUUGAAGGGGUUGUAUUCCCUGAGGGCUAAGCGGCCAAGCCACGACGAGGGCAGUGACGGAAGGAACAUCUCUGACACAGAUUUCAAUUCCACACUCGACACAGAUUCGUCGGAUGGCUCAUACGAAGCAGCAGUCUUGGAGGAACCAAAUGAGCAGAACCCUUCUGUCGGGAAAUCAUUAAGUUACGAGACUUUGGCAUAUGCAAAUCAUGUUGGAGGAGCAGCCGGUUACACGAACACGAGCGGUAGCAGCGAGGACGAUGAUUUUGUUUAUUUCAGCCACCGCCGAUCGGAUGCCUCCCCUAUCUCGGUUUUGGAUUGUCCCGUUUCGUCCAAUCCGAAGCGCGGACUUCUCCCAUGGAGAAAAAGGAAACUAGGUUUCAGUUCCCGUAAAGGAGAGCCGUUAUUGAAGAAAUAUUACGGGGAAGAAGGCGGAGACGACAUUGAUCACGACCGCAGGCAGCUGAGCUUCUCGGAUCGGAACGCAAACGAUGAAGCGUACGUCGGUGAAUUUGACGAGGAUAGUUUCACGGUGGGUGAAUGGGAGCAGAAGGAGAUAACGAGCCGCGACGGAGUAACGAAAUUAAAAACGCAAGUUUUCUUGGCUUCGAUCGACCAGAGGAGCGAACGAGCCGCGGGCGAAGGCGCAUGCACGGCUCUCGUGGCCCUUGUUGCUCAUUGGCUCCACUCCAACCCCGGCGUGAUGCCCGUCAAGUCCCAAUUCGACGCUCUUAUACGCGACGGUUCGCUGGAGUGGAGGAAUCUCUGCGAGGACGAGGUUUACGCGGGAAAAUUCCCGGACAAGCAUUUCGAUCUCGAGACGAUCCUCGAGGAGGCUAGAGUGCGGCCGGUGUCGCUAGUCCCCGAGAAAUCGUUUGUGGGGUUCUUCGAGCCGGACGGGUUGGAUUUCUUGGAAGGUGCGAUGACGUUCGACGGCAUUUGGGAUGAGAUCAGCGGGCGGGCGUCGGAGAUGUGCGCGCGGAGUGAGGCGUUGGUGUACAUAGUGAGCUGGAACGACCAUUUUUUUGUGGUGAAGGUGGAAUGGGAUAGGUAUUACGUAAUCGAGACGUUGGGGGAGAGGCUUGAGGAGGGCGGGAGGCAAGCCUUCAUCUUGAAGUUCGAUAAAGAUACGACGAUGAUGACGACGACUACAAUUGAAGAGGAUGAUGAAGCUCCAGCAAUGGAGGAAAACGAAAUCGAAAACGACAAGGACGAGAAAAGGGUAAUACCAAUAGCAAGAAGAAGGACAAGUAGUGUUAAGGGGAAAGAGACGUGCAGAGAGUACAUGAAGAAGUUUAUGGCGGCAAUUCCGAUUAGGGAAGUGCAGGAGGAUAUCCUCAAGAAGAAAAGGGAAAGGGAAAGGGAAAGGGAAAUGGAAUUGGAAAUGCCUCUACUUCUUAGCCAGCUGCAUCACCGUCGCCUGCAGAUAGAGUUUCAUUACACACAAACAAACACAAUCCCUUAACCUAACCUGGUUGAUAAUGAUAACCAAACCAAACACAAAACCAACCCUCCCCACUAACCAUAUAUACCAAACAAUAAUAUAAUAACAAUAACCACUUUUGUUA